CAUUGUCGAGUUUUUUUCUUCGAGUUUACCGAUGCCCGAUGCUAGAUGAAAGAUGACCAUAGAGAAAAAACGGUACAACCCUCGCUGCUUCUUUGAUGUGCAGAUAGGCGACGAACCUGCGGGGAGGAUUGUUUUUGAACUGUUUGCAGACGUCUGUCCCAUAACAUGCGAGAACUUCCGGGCCCUAUGCACAGGAGAAUGUGGCAUAGGCAAGACAACGGGCAAGCCACUCCACUACAAAGGUGUAAAGUUUCAUCGUGUCAUUCGCAGCUUUAUGAUCCAGGGGGGAGACUUCUCUGUUGGUAAUGGAAGCGGCGGGGAAUCCAUAUACGGUGGGACCUUCAAAGAUGAAGGCUUUGAGCUCAAGCAUGAUCAGCCAUAUCUGCUAUCCAUGGCCAACCGGGGCAAGGACACCAAUGGGUCGCAGUUCUUCAUAACAACACAGCCAACACCUCAUCUUGAUGGGGUGCACGUGGUGUUUGGUCACGUGAUCAAGGGUGAGGAUGUGGUGCAGGCCGUUGAGUCCCAGCCUGUCGACAACAACAGCUGCCCCGUGCAGCCGGUGAUCAUUGCCAACUGCGGCGAGCUUGUGCUAAAACGCAAGCGCAAGGACAAGAAACACAAGCGGUCGGCAUCCAAUGCACCCAGUACUGGAGCAGAGGAGGGCUCCUCGGGGGAGAAAGCCUCGGAACACAAACACCGCAAGCACCACAAGCACCACUCCAAAAAGUCACGCAAAGACAAGUCGCACAAGCGAGACGAAAGUGUGGAGAAGCGUGCAGACAAGGUGGACGACGAUGCUGAGCAGUCCUUUGUGAAGCCUGAAGAAAUACCUGAGGUGCCCGCAAACAACUUUUUGAUGCGACGUGUGCCCGAUGAGCCCAACUUUGUGCCACAAGGCAGGAGAAUGGGAGGCUUCUACAGCCGUCGUCCUCAGAUCUCUCGCUCAGGACGCAAGAUCAAAGGUCGUGGCUUCAUGCGCUACGGACACCACACUGAAGGCAGUCGAUCUGGCAGUGAGACACCACCCCUGGAGGCAGGCUCAAGCACGCAUGCGGACCCCUCGUGA